GCCACCUCCAGUCAUUUGCUUAUAUGGCAGGCGGGAGGUGGAACUUGUCAUUAUGGAAGAUUAGGAAACUGGCAAUAAUUAAGACCAGCUCUGAGCUGACAUGCAGACAGGGGCGGACUGACAACUCAUGGGGCCCCCGGGCAAUAGGGGAUCAUGGGGCCCCUGUGUCCUUGCCCAAACUCAAAAAAGCCUAUGAAACAGGUACCAGGGGCAUCUCAUGGGGCCCCCUACUGACCCCGGACCCUCAGGCAGUGCCCGAGUUUCCAAAUGGUCAGUCCGCCCCUGGAUGC